CCGUCAGCCCAGCUGAUGAGCAGACCCGCAGCCCCCCAGCUUCUGGUGGGGAAAUGGAUCCCUGCAUCUUUAAGGCUGCGCGGGGCUGUCUGCUCCGGCGAGGCGACGCAGGCAGGGCAGGCUCUGCGGCUGCGGCUCUUCCCACCGCCGCCAAGGUCCGGUUAGCCAAGGUGGAGGAGGAGGAUGGGAAGAGAAUGGAGCUCUCCCAGCUCCUCAAUGAGAUCAGGGCUAACUAUGAGCAGCUCCUCACCAGAAAUCAGAUAGAGACGGUGCUGUCCACACGGAUGCAGCUAGAGGAAGAUAUAACCAGAAAGAUGGACAAGGAUGAAGAAGCUCUGAAGGCAGCUCGGGCUGAACUCAAGGAGGCCCGACGGCAGUGCCACCACCUGCAAGUGGAAAUUGAGUCUCUCCACGCUGUGGAAAGGGGCCUUGAAAACUCCCUGCAGGCCAGUGAGCAGCACUACCAGACCCAGCUGCAGGAUCUGGAGUCCGUGGUGGACAGGCUAGAGAAGGAGCUGCAGGAAGUGAGGCAUGGCAUCGAGAGGCAGCUUCAGGAGCACGAGAUGCUUCUCAACACGAAGAUGAGGCUGGAGCAGGAGAUAGCCACGUACCGCCGUCUGCUAGAGCAGGAAGAGAUCAGAUAUUACGGUUGUAUCCAAGGAGAAAAAAAAGAAGAAAAACCUACCAGGGGUAAAGUUGGCUUUCUUCUCCCCUCUGCCAUUAUAAAUGAAAUAUCCUUUUCAACAAAAGUCUCACAAAAGUAUGAAAAUGAAACUGCAGAGACAGUGAACAAACAGGCGGUACUAAAUGGAAACACGGUGAAGGAGAGUGCGGAGGCUCACGGCACCGUUCAGACAGAGAAAGUGGAUGAAGUCAUAAAAGAGUGGGAAGGCUCAUUCUUUAAAGACAACCCUCGCUUGAGGAAAAAGUCUGUUUCUCUCCGGUUUGAUCUCCAUUUAGCAGCCACCGAUGAGGGGCCUUUACAAAGUAGACGGGAUAAUCUACCAGAUAUUGAAGUCAGGCUUAUCAUGCGAAGAUCAUGUAGCAUUCCCUCCAUCAAGCCCCCGCCAGUAACCAACUAACCUGGAGAUAGUAUUUAUCAAGGACACUAGGUUGGACCUAAGUGGGCCAUGCAGACCCCCAGUCCCGAAUGUAAGUUAUUCUAUAUGUAUGGAUAACGUUAAGAUGCUGUGGGCUACAGCUCUCUUCAGAGAACACAUGUAGUCAGAGGUAAAGUUGCUAGGACUCCAAAGAUGAGCCUUUUUUUUUUUUUUUGUGCAAGGGGGGUGCCUAAAAAUAAAUCAGAAAUCCAAGGUGA